ACUUGGUCCCUACUGCGACCUUAAAGCGGCGAUUACCACGAUGUGUCUCCUUUUGGGCGCCACGGGAGUUGGGAAGACUCUGCUGGUAAAACGGCUGCAGAAGAUGAGCUCCCGGGAGGGGAAAAGUGACCUUGGUGACCCGCCUCCCACCCAGCCGACGGUAGGCACUGAUCUCACUGACAUCGUGGCCCAGAAAAAGAUGACUAUCCGGGAACUAGGGGGAUGCAUGGGCCCCAUCUGGUCCAGUUAUUAUGGAGAUUGCCAUUCUGUCCUGUUCAUGAUUGAUGCCUCUGACCCCACCCAGCUUUCCUUAUCCUGUGUUCAGCUCCUUGGCCUCCUUUCUGCAGAACAAUUAGCCAGUGCAUCUGUCCUGAUCCUCUUCAAUAAGAUUGAUAUGCCCUGUUACAUGACCUUGGAGGAGAUGAAGUCCCUAAUCAGACUCCCAGAUAUCAUUGCUUGUGCCAAGCAAUGCAUCACUAUAGCAGAAAUCAGUGCCCGGGAUGGCACUGGUCUGGCAGGUGUCCUGCGUUGGCUCCAGGACACGCACAAAGCCAUCAGCUGAUUGAAGGGUGAAGAAUACAGAUGACACUCUUUGUCAGACAGAAGGAAAGAAGAAGGCAUGGUCCUGAUAUGCAGAAAGCCCAGGCUGAAUCACCUGAAAGUGAUUAGGAUGACCUAAACUCAACUGACUGAGUUAGCAGACAAAUGGAGGCUAUUUACAGGGCCUGGAAAUCCUUGGUAGUUUAGCUGCAAACUGAAGAGGCUGACCAUAGUCCUGAGAGCAUGUUUUGGGCAGCUCUCUUCUGGCCCUAAUAGAUUUUCCCUGAGAAGCCCAACCAACUGGGUUUUUGUAGUAGAAUAUUCAUUAGUUAACUAAGAGCUAAGUAGGAAGUAGGGUCAAUUAACAAAAUUUAUUGAUAGAUUGCUAAGAGAGAGUUAAGUGAGUUGGAUUUCUUUUUAGUCAGAAUAGAAUCUCAAAGAGGAGUGAUGGGAAGAUAAUUUUCUCAAGGAGCUUUGGGAAAGACAGUUGAACCAACAACUCACUACUGAUUCAACGAAGGUUGUCUGAAGAGCCUGCUCUGUAAAUUGGGAGAAUUUCUAGUGAAUUUAUCUCUUAAAAUCAUCCUAGCAGUACCUGUGCUUCGCCCAGUAGAAGGCAGAAAAGAGUGAGCUGUUUUGAGUGGAGAAAUCUGUGAGAAUUCUGACAAGCCACUUUUUCAUCUGAGUAGCAGGAAAGAAAAUCUGACUUAUUCCUCUCUUAUAAACAAAGUUUAUAUUUUUAGAUUUAGGAAAGAAAGAUUGUUACUUGAGGAAUUUAGAGUAGAAUAAGAUAGGAACACCCUUGGUGAUCAUGAAGCAUUCCCUCAUGAGAAAGCUUGGGUUUGGGAUUUAUUAGUAUAGGAAAUAUUUUCUUAUCAAUAUCAAUUCUUCCUUUUACUUUCUCUUUUAUACCAAUUUUAAUAGUUAUUUAGGGUUUUAAAUAACUGAUCUGAGAAGGAGUUUUUCUUCAACUGCUUGAGCAGCCAUUUUUUAUCAACGGUCAAACUCAAGAACCUGUCCAAUUUAGUAACAACUAUUAGUAACAUCAAUACAAAUAACUAAUAAAGCUCAAUACCUGAAA